UCCGGUCGAUCGCAGCAGCCCGGGAGAUUUAGUUUCCUCCCGCAGCGCUGUGGACAGAAAGAGGACAAGACAGGACAAACCCCGAUAAAACAGGACAUCGGAGGACAGCAGACAGGUUCACCCUCACGCCAUGGCCAUGAGGAGCGAGGCCAGAGUGGAGGCCGAGGUGGAGGAGGAGGAGAACUUCGGGCCACAGCCGCUCAGCAGACUGGAGCAGUGUGGAAUCAGCGCCAGCGACAUCAAGAAGCUGGAGGACGCCAGCUUCCACACCAUCGAGGCCGUGGCCUACGCUCCCAAGAAGGAGCUGCUCAACAUCAAGGGCAUCAGCGAGGCCAAAGCUGACAAGAUCCUGACAGAAGCUGCCAAGCUGGUGCCGAUGGGCUUCACCACGGCCACCGAGUUCCACCAGAGGAGGGCGGAGAUCAUCCAGAUCUCCACCGGCUCCAAGGAGCUGGACAAGCUGCUGCAGGGCGGCAUCGAGACGGGCUCCAUCACGGAGAUGUUCGGGGAGUUCCGGACGGGGAAGACUCAGCUGUGCCACACGCUGGCCGUCACCUGUCAGCUGCCCAUCGACCUGGGAGGGGGGGAGGGGAAGGCCAUGUACAUCGACACAGAGGGCACCUUCCGACCGGAGAGGCUGCUGGCCGUGGCUCAGAGGUACGGGCUGGAAGGUGGAGACGUCCUGGACAACGUGGCGUACGCUCGAGCCUUCAACACGGACCACCAGACUCAGCUGCUCUACCAGGCUUCAGCCAUGAUGGCCGAGUCCAGGUAUGCUCUGCUGAUCGUGGACAGCGCCACCGCCCUGUACAGAACGGACUACUCGGGCCGCGGUGAGCUGUCGGCCCGGCAGUGCCACCUGGGCCGCUUCCUGCGGAUGCUGCUGCGCCUGGCGGACGAGUUCGGCGUUGCCGUGGUGAUCACCAACCAGGUGGUGGCUCAGGUGGACGGAGCCGCCAUGUUUUCUGCCGAUCCCAAGAAGCCCAUCGGAGGAAACAUCAUGGCUCACGCCUCGACCACACGGCUGUACCUGAGGAAGGGUCGAGGAGAGACCCGGAUCUGUAAGAUCUACGACUCCCCCUGUCUGCCCGAGGCCGAGGCCAUGUUCGCCAUCAACGCCGACGGAGUGGGCGACGCCAAGGACUGAGCCGGUCCCGGUCCCAGUCCCAGUCCCCCUGUCCUCACACUAAACCUCCCGGUCUGGAUCAGGAGGUCAGAGGGCAGGAAGCUUCAUCCCUUUUUAAAAACCCUCCGACACGACUCCAGAGAAGAAAACCGAGUCGUCCAAACUAGAAACUUUGUCUUUCUGUCUUCAUUCCAGCAGGAGGAUUUUAAAAAGCUUUGGAGCUGAUUUCUGACUUCCUCCUCAGGGCUGUUUUUUUUUCUCCCCUCGGUCCACGUGAUGAACAUGAGUGAAUGACUAAAUGUUUAGUUCUCAGUAGUGAUUUCCUGUGUCUCCUUUCUGUUCGGUGUCUCUGUAUAUACACAAAGAUAAAUUAAAUUUGUUUUUCU